AUGGCAUCAUCAUUUUUCAGUCAAACAAGAGUUAAAACAUACAAAUAUGCAUGCGUCUUCUUCAAUGAAGAUAAAUGUAUUGGUUCUGUCAAAAUUAAAGAUAUUGUAAAUAGGGAAGAAAAGUUACUGUGCGUUGACGACAAUGUAUUUGUGCGAUGGGGUAGCGGAAAGAAUGUACAAAAUCACAAAGCUACAAUUUUAUUUCUAAACAAUGAAUGGUCAAAUUGCACACAGUUUGAAAGAGAUUGGUUGAACAACGACAAAACAUUUAUCAUCAAAGAGGUUGGAGAAAAAAAAAAUAAAAAAUAA